AUGAGUUCAUUACAGGAACGGGGACUUAAAGAUUUUAUCUCAAUUUGUGGAGAGAAGAGUGUAAACGGAACGAUUAUUCUGCUGGUUUUAACGUCAUUACUUCUACUGCUCAACUGUAAUUAUUACAUUUGUGGAACAUUAGAUAGUUUCAGACGAUUUGCAGUAUAUUAUACAAGGGAAUUUAAGCAUAAGAUGUUAGGAAGGUGGCCACCACGCAGUGCAGUGGAGGAAGAUUGGGUUAUAAAACGAGGUGGGUAUGUUGGAGGUUUGGCAAACGAUGGUAACACAUGUUUCAUGAACUCUGUGUUGCAAUCUCUAGCUUCUUCCAAACACUUGCUGAAGUUUUUAGAUGAAGAAAUAAUUGGCGCUGUUGAAGCGACAGAGGAUAUCGAAAUAGAGGAGAAGGCUCCUGUAGAAGAUUCUGUAAGUGAAAAGGAUCAGAACAUCCAAAAUCGUACUGUCAAGGGGAGAAAAAAGAUUUAUGGGAGGCAAGCUCGGAGACAAAGAAGCUCAUCGGAGAGCAAUGAAGAUCCUUCUGCGCGGAAGAUAGACUUUAGUCUAAGCUUGAAGGAACUAAUGGAUGUUUUGAAUGCAAAGCACUAUAGAAAUAGACCAUACUUUAAGACUAAAAAGUUGUUAAAAACCAUGUCAAAGGCACCAAACAAGAACAUUCUUUUGGGAUACAACCAAGAAGAUGCUCAAGAAUUUUUUCAAACAAUCCUAUCAGAAAUUGAAAAGGAUCAUCGCAGUGUGCAUGGAAAACCUUCUAAAGAUAAUCAAUCGGUUCCUGCAGAUUUGUUGCCGGAGUCAGCUAUCAUGGCAUCUGAGCAUUUGGAUAGAAUCGGAACGGUUUAUAUUCCAACUGAGCAGAUCCAACCCAAUAGUGUGCUAGAAGAUGAAACGAAGCAUUACACACCAUUUAGAUUGAUAACCCCACUUGACGGGAUUACAGCGGAAAGAAUAGGUUGCUUACAGUGUGGUGAGAAUGGUGGGAUUCGUUAUUCAUUGUUUUCUGGUUUAUCUUUGAAUUUGCCAAAUGAAAAUAUUGGAUCUACGAUAAAACUCACAGAUCUACUUCGUUCGUGGAUUGAGCCGGAAAUUAUUGAAGGUGUUGAGUGCAACAGAUGCGCGUUAACUGCUGUUCAUGAACAUUUGGUUGAGAAGAUGAAUGCUCUUGAAAAAACUGGUGAUAGUACGGUUUCUAACAAGCUACGCACCUUGUUAAAGUCAAGAAUAGGCCAAUUGGACGCUAUCUUAUCCAAACCUGUGAUUGAUGAUGAAGACUACAAAAAGCUUCACACCGAGAACAUGGUCCGCAAGUGUUCAAAAUCUAAGCAAAUUUUAAUUGCAAGACCACCUCCUUUGCUAUCUAUUCAUAUAAAUAGGUCCGUUUUUGAUCCUCACACGUUCAUGAUAAGAAAGAACAACUCCCGUGUAUUAUUCAAGACCAGGCUAAAUUUAAUGCCUUGGUGCUGUGACAUUAAUGCCAUGAACUUGGAUGCACGUCUCCCAAUGUCAAAUAAAGCGAACUGUGAACCUGAAGAAUCCUCUGAUGACGAGAUCACUGACGGGGAAUAUUAUAGUUCGCUACAUCAGAAAUUCCAAGCCGAAUUCGAAGAAGAUGAUGAUGAAGAAGAAGACGAUGAUGCAGAAGAGAAGGAGACCUAUAUUCAACCAGCUAAUAACCGUGACGUGCAUAACUACGACCCGCUAGGGGGUGAAAAUAUCUUUUCAAGUGAAGACGAGGAUGCAGAUAUCUCUCUACCGGUAGAUUCUUUGGGAAAUAUUAUCAAGAACCCUUCAGCACUCUCUUUAGAUGACUUGCCAUCUGAUGAAAACAUAGAAGAUGCCUCUGAGGCGGAUAUUUUGGAGAAACCAGAUAAUGACGAUGAGGAUAGACAAAGUUCUGAUGAUAGAGAAGGCGCAGAGCCAAGUGAAAACUUUCCGCUGCCGCCCGCUCCAGAGUGCUCCGCAGGUGUCUCUGUUUCAAGUGGUCCUGUCGGUCCUCUGACAUACUCGUUACGUUCCGUUAUUGUGCACUAUGGUUCCCAUAACUACGGCCACUACAUUGCAUUCAGGAAGUUCCGCGGCGUAUGGUGGAGGAUUAGUGAUGAAACCGUCUACAUAGUCACUGAAGCUGAAGUUUUAUCCACGCCUGGUGUUUUUAUGUUGUUCUACGAGUACGAUUACGAUGAAUCCACAGGCAUGUUAAGGGAUGAUACAGAAUAUAGCAACGAGUCAAUUAACAUCGAAAUAGAAGAUGAAUUUAACAACCUAACAGGCUCUACAAAAGCAUCCCUUCAAGAGGAAACUAUGAACGAGUAA